AUGGCAUGGCCUUUACCCAACGACCAUAUGGACCACCAAAACAUAUCCUGGCAAUCCGAGCCCGACAAUGGAGAUUCUACCUUUUACAAGGACAUGACUGCUAUCCAAACACCCAGAGAUACGGCCGCGAAGCAAUCCUCCACCGAGUACAGCAUUUACGCUCAUCAUGUGCAGCAUGCUUUAGCGCUGCUUGACCCAAACUUCGCUUUACCAUCCAAUCUAGGUCAUCUCGAUCUAGAUUAUAUAGACCAGGGUACUAUGCAAGGUUUCCUCCCUCAAUGGAAUGGUACCACCGAAGGCCCGGCUACAGACUAUCACCUUCUAGCCGAAAGCAUUCAGGUCCCAUCUUUGGACUCUCCCUCCUCUGCGGAACAACCAUCUUCACCCAAGGACAAGGAAAUGCCGACAACCCAGGGAAACCGUACUGGCGGUCGACGAGCCAACAAACAAGAGGAUUACCACGGCUCUUUUGAAUGCCACUGGAUAGACUGCACGCACCGCCACGCGUUCAGCUGUGAAAGUGUGUUGAUUCGUCAUAUCAGGACCCAGCAUAUCAAUCCGCGCUCUAUCAACUGCCCUAGGUGUGGCAAGUCUUUCAACCGAAAGGAUAACAUGAAGGAGCAUGUGGGAAGGAUUCACAGGGAAUAUAUCUGA